UUAUUAUUCCGAGAAUUACAGCAUUUACUAUAAAAUGCGCUGCCACAACAGCAUUCAAGUACAUUUUGCUAGAAGACACUGUGUUCGAAUCCUGUAUAUUUUGAACAAAAGAAAAUAGAAAAACAUGUCGAUAAUAGCAACACAAUGGCGAAGCACAUUAUGCUACGAAAAUGGCAAAUGGACAACUCUUGUUUCAGUUAUGGAGACGUUCGAUGGAUGUACAGAAACAAAGAAAAGGGAACUAAAAUUAGAAGGACGCCGGAGUGAAGACGAAAUUAUAUCUGAGGUUGAAUCCACGCGAGUAUCACAGGAACCUUUGCAUAUGUAUCAAGCAUCAGACGACUUUGUGAAAGAAGCAAUAGACGCUCAUAACGCGUUACGACAAAGACAUGGUGUUCCGCCAUUGAAAGUGACAAAAGAUUUAUGUAAUAUUUCGCAGAAAUGGGCAGAUUAUUUAAUAGAUAACAACGACAGCAGACACAGCUUAAAUGGAUUAGGAGAAAACAUAGCCGAGAAGACGGGGAAUUCUGAAAACUUAGAUUAUACAGGAAAGGCAGCAACUCAAUCCUGGUACAAUGAAUUUUUGAAUUAUCAUUGCUUUGGAAAAGAGCCACCAUUAUUAGAGGAGGUGGGAGACUUUCAGUAUGGAAAUUUCACUCAAGUGAUAUGGAAAAAUACAAAGGAAAUGGGUAUUGGAAAAGCCAAAAGAAAUGGAAGGGUCGUCGUUGUAGCCAAUUAUAGACCAUCGGGAAAUUGCAUUGGCUGGUAUGCAAAAAAUGUCUUUCCAGCAAAACGCUACAUUAUGUCAGUCAAGAGUAAGUCGACAAAAGUUGGAACUAACACUUGCACAAAAAAUGGAAAGACAAGUACAACUGUUAAAGUAGAGGAGACGUUCACAUAUUCAGAUGGAGGAUCAGAGGUUAAGACUAGAGAGUUGGUAGUAGAAGGUACCCCACCAACUAAGGAACAAAUACAAGCUUUUGUGAACUCCGAUGACGUUAAUGAGAACGAUUUGAAGAAUCUUAAUUUGUCGUCAAAACCUUCUCAACCAAAAGAGAUUCUGCCAGGAAAAAAACACAAAAACUCAUCACCAAAUAAAACAUCCAAACAUGACCAACCACCCGGUGACUUUGCUGAACAAGCUUUAAAUGCACAUAAUGAAUUACGGGCUAAACAUGGCGUACCAGCAUUGACCUGUGCAGCUGACUUGUGCGCAAUGGCUCAAAAAUGGGCUGACCAUCUUUUUGCAAACAAUUUGACGGGGCACAGUCCGAGAGACCAUAGGCCUGGAGCUGGUGAAAAUAUAGCAUACAUGAUGGGAACAAUGGCCGAUCUCGACUAUUCAGCAAACGAUGCUACAGAAUCAUGGUACAGCGAAAUAGAAAAUUAUGGAUCAUACUAUGGAAAAGAGCCACCAGAGUUCGGACGAGUACCUGCGUAUGGUCACUUCACUCAAGUUGUAUGGAAGGAUACCAAAGAAAUGGGAAUAGGAAAGGCAAGAGGAAACGGUCGUGUCGUUGUCGUUGCUAAUUAUAGACCAGCAGGAAAUUUUAUUGGCAGCUAUUCACAGAACGUAUUGCCUCCUAAUUAGCAUAGCUGAAUAAGCUAAUACUAAAUUGUUUCUAUGAAAGUUAAAUGUGGCAAACAUGCACUAUUGCUUAUUUUUUAUAUAGAAAUAUUGUACAUUGAAUUUCAAAUAUAUUUUUUUAUACUAUAUACAUUUAAUUAAAGGAAUAUUAAAUCAUUAGAUAACUAUUUAAGUAAAAUAUUUUGGUCGUGGUGAACGAACGUUUGUUGUUAAGCAUGUAAACAUACCAGACUAUUUCCAGUUUAAAGAUGUUUUUUU